AUGGCGCCCGAAGCGGAGAAACUCUGCGCCAACUGCGGAAAUACUGCUGUGUUGCAGUGUAGUCGCUGCAAGAACACCAUUUACUGCGACGCGAACUGUCAAAAGGCCCACUGGCGUGGCCACAAGAAGACAUGCAACAAAGUCAAUCUUGACAGGAUGGUCCAGCGCGCUGGUGCUUUGCUUCAGAAGCUGUUCUUCAUCUGGCGCGAGAACACCUUGAGUGAGCAGUUCGUCAACAUCGAAGAGACUGAGACGCGUAUCUAUUUCCAGGCUACCCAUGGCCCUGGUUCCUUCAAGGAGUUGCCCAACAACACGUUUUCCUCCGAGGAGACGAAGGAGAUGGUGUUGUCCGCGUCGAUGUGCGCAGAGCACACGGCGAACUUCUCAGAUAUAUUGGCAAAGAUGUUCAAAGGCAUACCAAUCGAAAUCCGUGAGACCACGAUCAAUCUCAAAGAGCCAGAAAAGAUGGCACAAUUAUUCAUCAGUUCGUUCAUGGAGAAAGUCUGCCCGCCUAGCCCUCAUAAUGUCUUCCAGAUCACUUCUAGGAAUCCUUCAAAGAAGUGGUUCCUCGAUUCUACCGGCGCUCAGUUCGGUAUCUUUUCACCAUUUCAUGAGGCAGGGGACUACAUGUCAAAAUUCGGCAACCGGGUAACACACAUCGCUCCCCGUGGCACAGCUCGCAGUGGAGUCGAUGAGCUGUGUACGAUACGUGGAUCCAUUGGCGAGUUUCAUAGGGCAAGGCGGGAUGGUGCCAGGGUCGUCGAGCAAGAGAUAGACAAGUGGUGCAAGGAGAUGGGCAUUACUUUGCCGCAACUACUUCGUUGUUCGGAAGAGGAAUUUCACAGUCUUGAAGCAGGCUUGUUGGUCGCCGUCACAAAGGCGGCAGUCGAUUUCGCUGCUUCGUACGACAACACGGCGGAAGUUGAGAGCGCACCAACGACUGGAGAGUACGACUAUCAGACGAUGUUGUGCAUCUCCGAGAAAAUCCGUUGCAUGAUUGCUCAAUUCAGGGUCUGA